CUCCGCCGACGACUGUCGCGAACACUUGAUCGGCGAACCCAAUUCUAAACAGACGCAAAUUUUGGAAACUAUGCUGUAGGCGGACGCGAAUUCUUGAACUGCAGCCGCAGUAGCACGUCGAGGAAAAUGGCAGCGAAGCGGGCGGAGAGUCCGGAAAAGCGGACGAGUCCGGAGCACUCGCAGCGCGGUCUUACCACAAAGGUGGCGCUGCGGCGUCUGCAUGAGGAGAUUGAACGGGUGCUGCUGGAACACGAGCGGCUGUACGCCGCCGAGAGCUCCUAUCGAAAGUUGCGGGCGGCUUUUGUGAAGCGCUAUGAUAGCCCACUGAGCUGGCUCUCCAUUGGUGCCAGUCUGCUGGCCAGUGGAGCACUCCUCAUCACCGGAAUGCUGUGGCCCGCCCUGUGCCUGCUGGCCAUCUUAUCGCUAGAUCUCUUCGUAGUGGUCCGGGAGAACAACCUGCGUCGCACAGAGAUUUUCCGGAAGACGCGACAUGUGCUGGCGGAACUACAAUUAGCGGAGCAGCACUUCUGCGACGACUGGCAGCAGGCCAACUAUCCGCACUUAAGCAAUCCAAUGUCGCCCUGCGUAUCCCUACAGUGGACCUAUCGCGAUGGGAAAAUCGUAAACCUGCCCUGGGCCUUGUUGGUGCGUGGAGAUCACAUCGUCCUGCGACCGGGGCACAUUUCUCCCGGUCCCUGUCACGAACUGGAAACGAACAAAUUAUUUUCAGCCAACGAAAUCUAUGGAGCAACCCCCCAUGGGGAUCCUCCCGUUAAGCCAGUGGCUCGUCCUCCACUGCCCGAUCUCGUUUGCAGUUUGGAGAGCACACCCUACCUGGACAAUCUUACCGUUUGCCUCAAAAACUCCCUGAAGCGACCGCCCACCAUCUACAAUCAGCAGCGAUAUCUGCUGGUCACCAAAUACAUACAACAGUGGGGCUUCAUUAGUGCCCUGGUUAUCACGCUCAUCUCGGGUCUACUGCGCCUCAACGGUUACGGCCUGCCCACCGACGAGAAGCACAACUGGCGCUUUGUGCUCAUCGAAUCCCCAGCGGCGGCCAUUAUUCCGCUAUUGCCGCUGAUCUUUCCGCUUAUGUGGAUAUCCAUGAAUCUGUGGGGCAUUGCGCGAUUGCAGUGCUUCCUUAAAACGCCACAGGCCGCCCUGGAGAGGAGUACGAGCAAAUCGUUUGAGGAGGAUCUGGACACGCCGUCGUACGACUAUCAGAAUGUGUCGAUGCUUCGUUCCAAUGUGUUCCGCAUCUGGAUGCAGCUUUGGCGGGGAGACAGUGAACUCCUGCCUCGCUCAGCGAAUCUCGUACAGGUGCUGGGCUCCAUUUCGGCGCUCUGCUGUGUGGACAAGAAGGGCAUUCUAUCGUGGCCCAAUCCCACAGCCGAGAAGGUAUUUUUUCUGCACAACACCGACGAGGAAUCACGCGAGGAUGGCGCAGGCAGUCAGUCGUCGUCAACGAGUGAGAGUGACGACGUGCCGGAUGUGGAUGAGGAUCACAAGGAGCGUGGGAUAGUGGCUGAAGUCUUGGACCUCACGCACGACCAACACUGCCCCUUCCGACUGGAAUUUGACGACCACGAAUGGAAGGCGCACAUUAAGUCCUUGAAGCCACUGGGUCUCGCCAUUCUGCUAAACACCUGUUCACCGCUCACCCACGAGCACUACGCACAGUUCUGCGGCCAUGUAACCGCCGUGGCCAUGCUCGACAAAGAUCUGGUGCCUGUGACUAAUCGGUAUGCGUAUGCACUCAUUGAGUCGAGUAAAAGCUUUUUGCAUGGACGCUGCCUCUGCGAGCUGGCCAAGCAGAUUGGAUUCACCGACCAUGCCACGGAUCGGUUCGCGCUGGAGGGUCAACUGGCCAGCUACCGCCAUUUGCAACCUGAUGUGGUACGAAGGGACAUUCGUUUCGCCCGGCAGCUGCAGCUGUCCACCAAGGUGAAGGUUCCGUUUCCGCACUCCUUGUCCGUGGUUAUGCGCGAAAACCCGGGUGGCUAUUUGUCUCUCUUCACACAGGGAACGGCCGAUAUCAUCCUGGACUGCUGCGACGACUUUUGGGAUGGCAUGGAUCUGCGUCCACUUUCCCCUCAGGAUCGCAAGCGGGCCUUGGACUUUUACCAGCGCAGUGCUCUGACCUCUUACUGUACUGCCUUCGCCUAUCGCCCACUGAGGCAUGGCAUCCAUGGAGCCCUGAGUGGCCCCCAGCGGAGCGGCGGUGAGUGCCUGUAUCUGGAGCUACCGCCGGAGUCGAAGCUGCGCAUGCAGCACGUGGAUAAGACCCACUGCGACUUUCAGGGCGGACACCACGUCAAGUUGAGCCACAGCAUUAGCACGGAUUCAUUGUUAUUCUCGGAGAGCAAGGACGAUGAGUGCAACGAUGUGGAGGGCUGCUUCGAGAUGCAGUGCCACCAGGUGUUCAUCGGCAUGGUGACAAUGCAGUAUCAGGCUCAAAACGAUAUCGUACGGUUGGUCGAGCAUCUGGAACGGGCCUGCAUCCGAUUUGUGCAUUUUAGCAAAGAGAACGAACUGCGCUCGCGUGUCUUCUCUGAGAAAAUGGGUCUAGAGUCCGGCUGGAACUGCCACAUUUCGCUGCUAAGCGAACCAGAGCCGGAUAGCGAGAAGGAUCGAGCCACUGCCAAAGCCAAGGAGUUGCCGGAACAUAUUGGUAAACCCCAAGCUACCACCUCAACCACUGCCACUACCACCACAACAGACCAUGAGAACAACCAUCAUCCCAGUGCCAAAGUCAUGUACAUAUCGCCCCCCGCACCCGCACCUGCCACUGCAUCUGAAUCCGAAUCUGAAUCCAUACCUGCAGCUAAAACCACUGAAAUUGUAGGUGACGGCCCAGAAAUUAGUUACCUUUUGGGGCCGCCAAACAAUCUGGAGUCCUCGAAAACCCUUAGUUCUUCAGCUCCCGGUGCCAUUUCCAACCCGGAUGAGUGCAAUCCAUUGAAUGCAGCGCUUAACAGUGAGGAUCCCCAUUCCCCGGAAGGCGAGAGCAGCAAGGACAGCUCGCAAGAUAGUUCCCCAAAGAAAAAUGUACCCGAAGAUUCCGAACUGGAUGGGGAACCCGAUCCCAACAAGCAUAAGCAGCGCCAUUCGCUGGACUCCGCUAUGGAUGAAAACUGCCGCUCGUUAAGCACGCUCACCGAAAGCACGGAUCAGAGUGCACCUAUCAACUUUGACAUGUCCAACAGGGCGAAGCUGCCAAGAGGCAUUGAAAACAUUAGACCUCAUUUGGAGCAGGUUGACAACGUGCCUUUGCAGGUGUCUCUUUUUACCGACUGCUCGGCGGAGGCCACCCGCCAAAUGCUGGACAUCAUGCAGUCCUACGGCGAGAUUGUUGUCUGUUUGGGAAGCUCGGCCAGCAAUGCCAAUGCGGACAUUUUCCUGCAGGCCGAUUGCAGUAUAGCCGUAGAGCCACUGUAUCCACAGGUGUGCCAGGAUGUGGACGCCUACACGGAAGCCAAUAUCCAGCACAAUAAACUGAUGUGGCAGCGGCAGUCUGGGAAAUCCAAGGGCAAUGAUGAUGAGGAGCUGCUGGAAGGCGGCCUUCAGGGAUGCGCCAUGCAGUCGCCCGCUCACACCAUUUCGCCGCUGUAUCUAAGCCGACUGCUCAACUCCCUGCCCUGUUCCAUUGCCGUUUGCCGCGACGACCCGCUUUCGCUGGUGGCCAUAAUUGAGCUGUCACGUCGCUUCUCUCUGGGCCUGUGGAACUGCAUCCAGUACUGGGCUUGCUGCGCUGGCUCCAUCUCCAUUCUGAACGUGCUGUGCGCGUGCCUCUCGCUGCCACCACUUCUCACCCCGCUGCUCGGCAUCUAUCUAAUGUGCGUGCCGGUGCCGCUAAUAGCCAUCUCGCUUGCCCACAUUGACGUGGAUCCCAAGAUCAUGAAUCGGGCGACCAGCAAGAAGCAGACGGACUACGAUACGCGCGCUUUUGCCUUUGUCAUGUGGUGCUAUGGCUGCAAGUUUAUCGUUCUGGUCGUAUCUAUGCUCGUUUCCCACUGGAUGUUCUUAUCUGAGCCUCAAUUUAGCGCCGCUCCAGAAGCUACAGAAGCACCUGAGUUAGAAAUUGAUGAUGAUGAUCAGGACUUUUAUCAAUUUCUUUACUUUGCUCGAAGCUCUGCCUUACUAGGCAUAAUACUACAUUUUGUUUUCAUUUCUUUCACAUUUGUACAUCGCGAUCAUGCGCUCUGGCAGCGCAAUCCGUUUACCAAUCGUAUCUGGGCUAUUACCUGUUUGUUGUUGGUCCUGUUCCAUGGUGUGAUCUGCGCCGUGCAACUGAUUCUGGAGGAUUUCUGGGAACAGCUACCCAUCCUGUGGGUGGCCUUGUUGGUCUUAUUUGGCGGCAGUUUGCUGAGUAUGAUUGUCAGUGAGCUGGCCAAGUUCCAGGAGAACAAGGUCAACGCGCGCUAUCAACGUCGGGCGCGUCUUGACUUUGGCACCAAAUUGGGAAUGAACUCGCCCUUCUAAGAAUCACGGCUAAGACUUACCAAACGAAAAGACGCCAAUGUUACACAUCUACUUAGUGCCAAGGCUGUAUAUAACACCAUCACUCAACACGCUUCUUCUUAUUACUUUUACGAUUCAGACUAACCAUUGGGGUAUUCAUAACCGUGGCUGCUUCUGCCAGCAUUUGUUCGACUUGUCUUUAGGUUCAGCCUCGUUAUUUUACCCAUUUGUACUUCCACGUGCUUUAUUUAGUUUGUGACACCCCCAUCGAGUAACGAAACACAUUUGUUAUUCUUGUUUCUAAAACGGUUUGUUUCCAGUUCCUUGUUUCAAUGAGAGAUAACUUUGUGUACUAACAUUUAAAAGACUUGCAAUUAUUGUAUGAAAUAUAUGUAUGUAUGGUAAAACUGAAAA